UCAGCGCUUUCAGCGGCAGACGACGACCCGCCGCAGUUUGGAGUGUUCGGCAGCACCGGUGUCGACGUAGCCAGCUCUGGUGCGGUGGUAGGAGAGGAAAAAGAAAAGCAAAGCUCGCCAAGCCGAACCUCCGGGUCCAGCGGACACAAUCCUAGUGGUCAUCUCCUUCUGAGCGUGCAUCAUGGACAAGCACCCCAAGGUUGCCGACGAGAUUCAGCAGGAGCUUGCAAGCUUCAACGCUGCCUCCUUGAAGCACACAGAGACCCAGGAGAAGGUCCUUCUUCCUUCCAAGGAAGAUGUGCAGCAGGAGAAGAUCCACAACAGCCUGUUGGAAGGUGUGGAGCAGUUUGAGAAGACAAGCAUGAAGCAUGCACAAACGCAGGAGAAAGUGUGCCUCCCCAAGAAAGAAGACAUUGAGUCGGAGAAGGAGCACAAGCAGAUGAUUGAAGGCAUUGAGACCUUUGACCCCUCGAAGCUGAAACAUGCGGAGACCAGUGUUAAGAACCCACUGCCGACCAAGGAAGUCAUAGAGCAGGAGAAAGCUGCGUGAAGAGCUGCGCUAAUGCCAACACAACCGAUGCCAAGAGAAACAAAGAUCCAGUCAUCGUGUAUCUCCUUGUCCCGUUUUUUUUCUUCUGCAUCCUCCCGGGGGUCUUCCUCUUCACAUCCUGGGCAUGCAUCCCUCUUGUAACUCGGUGUCCACAUCAGCUGUUUCUUUAGUAGCAUUAUUUGUGGCAGCCUUUCAUCAACAGAGGUGCUUGUCUGUGCGUGCAUGGUUGUCGGUAGCAGAGGGUCACGAAUGCUUAAAUCUGUGCAACCAGAAGGUGCUCUGUGGUUGGGGUUGCCUUGGCUGAUGUCUGACUGUGCUGUGUUUUUACACAUCGGCACCAUGCAACAACAGAUUGUGUGAAAGAUUCCUGUUUAGGCUGCCUUACGAUUUGCAAACAAGGUUUUUUUUUUUUUGAGCUGGUUGUGGCACCUUUCGUUAUCGAUGCAUUUUGUACGUGGAAAGGCGGUCGGAUGUUUAUUUAAUAAAUAAUUUCACUUUCGGAA